UAAAACGUGGUCGUGUAGUUCAGUUCACAUUUGUAUGAAAAUUGCCUACACUGAAAGUUAGGUUGGAUAUUUCGUCAUGAGUCGAAGACAGGGCGUAAAGAGGGUGGCAUCAUCGGAUCAGGAUGAGAGACCGUCGUUGAAAAGCGGCUUUACUUUUCACAUUGAUAAUCCGAACUGGGGAGACGUUUCUGGUGUGCAAUUGAGGAAACACAGCGAUGGCGAAAGCACAUGCUGGAUCGUUGAAAGCAUCACCGAGGGAGAAAUCAAACCGGGAGUCGAACCACAGACGUUUUCAAUGAUUGCCUGGAGCGCCAAAUGCGAGGGUACAUAUUUGCCGAAGGACGACCCGAAUCCAGAAAGACGAGAAGAAACAUUAAUUGAACAGCGUAAACUUUACGAAUACACACAACGAUCGCCGGGUAUUCCCUGCCAAUCGAAGGAACCUCAAAACCUAGAGCGAGCCCAUUACACUAAAGCAGCACUACAAAUUGUAGAAAGUCGUAUUGCAGAAGCAAAGGAGGUAUUUUUUCACGGCAAAGAGUGGAAGGAUUUAAAUGACGUGAAAAACAUAUUUGGAUGUCUUUUUCCGGCACCAUCCGACUUUACACGGUGGGACGACGAUGUCAAGUUCGGAAUGCAGCGUUUUGCUGGCACGAACAACGGAAUGAUCCGGCUAUGUGAGGAAAUACCCAAGAAACUUGCGACGAAACGAUGA